ACAAAAAAAAAAUAUUUUAUCAAAGAUGAAGAGUAUUGUUACUCUCUUAAUAACUUUUCUGUGCUUCACGGUUGCACAGCCCGUGAAUACUACGCUCGAUGGAAAUGCCAAAACAACUGUGGCACAACCUGUGAACGUAAUUAUAGCACAGCUUAUGAAUAUACCUGUAGUACAGCCUGUGAAUGCAACUGUCUCACAGCCUAUGAAUAUAACUGUAGUACAGCCUGUGAAUGCAACUGUAUCACAGCCUACGAAUACAACUGUGGCACAGCCUGCGAAUACAACUGUAGUACAGCCUGUGAAUGCAACUGUCUCGCAGCCUACGAAUACAACUGUGGCACAACCUGCGAAUACAACUGUAGUACAGCCUGUGAAUGCAACUGUCUCGCAGCCUAUGAAUACAACUGCGGCACAACCUGCGAAUGCAACUGUAGUACAGCCUGUGAAUGCAACUGUCUCACAGCCUAUGAAUACAACUGUGGCACAACCUGCGAAUACAACUGUAGUACAACUUGUAGAUACAAUUACUAUAGUAACGAGUGCGUGCGAUUGUGCUGGGGCAGUCAUUGGUACUGUGUGCUACACUUCCCUCGGUGCCGCGGUAAACAGCAGUAUAGACAACGACAUAAUUACGAUCGGAGGCAAGCACGAGGUUCCUGAACCGAUUGAUAUUAAUACAGUGAUUCUUAGCUUCCAGGGUGCAAAGUGUGAUAGUGAUGCAGGAGAGCUCAUCGCCACCUUUGAUAAUAAUGAGACAUCCAUCCUUCAAGCAAUCAACCCGGAUGGCCAUAUCAUAACCAUAAAAGAUCUCGACUUCACAUCCGCUGGUGAUAACAUGGCGGGUGGCUUUCGCUCAUUAGGAAACGUCACAUGGCCUAGUAAGCAAGGUGUCAACUUGACCUUGCAAAAUGUGCAUAUGCAAAACAUGCGCAGUGCACUCCCUGGAGUUGGCGUGUUUGUUGGCAACAGUCGCGGUUUCGAAUCCACAAGCGAUUGUACCUUCAAGGAUUUGACAAUGAAGGGAAACACGUCUUCCACAUACCCUGGUGGUGCGGCGAUCGCCGUCAUCGCGUUGUUUGAGCCAUACAUAAUCACCAUCAGAGGUAUCUUCGAGCGAAAUACUGCGAGAUAUAAUGAAGUAUGGGCGAGCAAACACUCGCUGGGGGGCGCAGUGUAUCUGGACUACAUGCAAUCGUCAGUGUAUAUUCUAAACAGCACAUUCCGUGACAAUGUAGCUAACCAGGGAUCGGCAAUACACGUUCAAGGUAUUUUCAAGACAUUCACAGUCGGAGAGGAUUGCCUCUUUGAACGAAAUAUCGCCAAGGACGAUGGGGAAAACGCAAGAGGUGGGGCGUUGAGAUUUCUACAUUUGGAGGAGAAUAGUGUGGUUACAAUCUCUGGUGUGUAUCGGGAAAACCAUUCUGAAGAACGUGGUGGUGUCCUCUCCACUAAUAUACAUAACAGUAACAGUACCUUCCUAUGGAAAAACGCGUAUUUCAGCGACAAUUAUUCAGCGGCUGAGGGUGGUGUGUAUAGUCAGUAUUCUUCCCAAGCUGUCGAAGGACGGUUCGUAAUAGAUGGAUCAUGUCGAUUCAAUAGUAACACUGCCUCGACGGAAAAAUCUACCAUUAUGUACAUGGCCAGCCACGGCACCAUGUCGGACGCAGACUGGGUGGAUGGUACAUCUGUAGAUGUUGUCGAACGAUUCAAUUUAUAA